GGACCUGCAGCUGCAGAGGCAAAAGCUCCUGCCAAGGAUGGGGCAGGGACUCAGUGGCACCAGGGCCUGGGAACUGGACAAGUUCAUAGAGAAUCACCUCCUUGCUGACACCAGCUUCCGUGCUGAGGUCAGAGCGGCCAUCGACAUCGUGUGUGCUUUCCUGAAGGAGAGAUGCUUCCAAGGAGCUGCCCACCCUAUGAGGGUCUCCAAGGUGGUGAAGGGCAAAGGCACCGCACGCAGGGGCAGAUCAGAUGCGGACCUGGUGGUGUUCUUGAACAAUCUCACCAGCUUUGAGGACCAGUUGAACCGACGGGGAGAGGUCAUCAAGGAAAUUAAGAAGCAGCUGUACGAGUUGCAGCGUGAGAGACAUUUCACAGUGCAGUUUGAGGUCCAGAGUUCAUGGUGGCCCAACUCCCGGGCUCUGAGCUUCAAGCUGAGCUCCCCCCAGCUCCAGCAGGAGGUGGAGUUUGAUGUGCUGCCAGCCUAUGAUGUCCUGGGUCACGUCAGCAUCUACCGGAGGCCUGGCCCCCAAAUCUACGCCAGACUCAUCAGGGAGUGCACUGCCCUGGGGAAGGAGGGCGAGUUCUCCACCUGCUUCACGGAGCUGCAGCGGAACUUCCUGAAGCAGCGUCCAACCAAGCUGAAGAGUCUCAUCCGCCUGGUCAAGCACUGGUACCAACUGUGUAAGGAGAAGCUGGGGAAGCCGCUGCCUCCACAGUAUGCCCUGGAGCUGCUCACAGUCUAUGCCUGGGAACGUGGGUGUGGAUCCAGUGAGUUCAACACAGCCCGGGGCUUCCGGACAGUCUUAGGCCUGGUCACCAAGUACAGGCAGCUUCGAAUCUACUGGACAGUGAAUUAUGAUUUCCAACACCAGGAGGUCGCUAACUACCUGUACAGACAGCUCAGAAGAACCAGGCCUGUGAUCCUGGACCCAGCUGACCCAACAGGAAACAUUGCUACUUCAAACCUGGAAUGCUGGAGGUGGCUGGCAGGCGAGGCCACUGCCUGGCUGCAGUACCCAUGCUUUAAGCACAGAGAUGGUUCCCCAGUGUGCCCCUGGGAUGUGCCGACGGAGGUGGAUGUUCCAGAGCAGGAGGACCACUUUCUUCGUAAUCUCUGUCUAAUUUUCUUCUUUUUGUUUCUUUUUCUUUUUGGAAGGGCUACUUCUGUGUAGCCCGGGCUGGCCUGGAUCUUGCCAUCCUCCUACCUUAGUGCUCGCAUGACUGCAGGGUAGGCCUGAUGUGCCCUGCCUUCCCUCUCUACUCAGGUGGACAAGGACUGGACAUACUUAGUCUUGUGGGCACAGCGGCCCCUUCCCAGGAGGUCUGGAAUCAGGGGCAUGUCCUUCUCUGCUGCUGCCCUUGACCCAGAGAGGGCAGAAUGCUGCCCAAUGCCACAGUGAGGGAGGGUCUGGCCUGGGAUCGGCCUCAGCCAGGGGCAUAGACUGUUGUGACUACAAGUCUAAAGAGACAACCCUGACCUGAAUGAGCAGCUCAUAAAGGCAAAAACAUUUUUUGAAGACUUUUUUAAAUUUAUUUAAUUUUUAUUUUAUGUGCAUUAGUAUGAAAGCGUCAAAUCCCUGGGAAUUGGCACUACAGACAGUUGUGAGCUGCCAUGUGGGUGCUGGGAAUUGAACCCGGGACCUUUGAAAGAGCAGCCACUGCUCCUAAUCACCAAGCGAUCUCUCCAGCCCCCAAAACCUUUUUAACUUCAGUAUUUUCCAUUUGUAUCGCUAUGGUGACUGUCAGUAAGAAUGACAGUAUUGCGAUUUUAAUAAGAACAAGAUACAGUUGUCUCCCUGUAGUAUUUCUGUUUGAUCAGGGAGCAGAAAGCCUUGCAGUUACAGAAGGGGAACAAUAAAGUUAUCAAAAAACCCCAGUAUGUAUCGUACUACCUGAGGGUUUUUACCUGUUUUAUCCUGAGGUCGGGUCAGGAUUUAGCAAAUAUGUUUCUAUUGUUUCAUUGACUUAUUCGUGUCUUCUGCAAUAAAUGUUAACUUACACCUAAGGCAAAAAUCCUACCCCAAGGGCUAAUCCUGUCGCCACACUAAGCUCUCGUUCAGCAGGACUGUAUGUUUGUUGUGUAUGUUUCUGUAUACACAGACACAGACCAUGAGAAGGGGAAGAAAGCAUUCCUUAGAAAAUCAACACUGUGGAGCAGGAGGGAGGGCUCAGCACUGAGGGCACUGGGAACACUGCACAGCUUUUCCUUACCAGUUGUCAAUCUAUGUGAGGAUAAGUCAAGCCUCACUUGGCCUGGCCAUGGCUUCCCCUGGAAGCUCUGAAGAAACCCUUCCUCUUUGUAGAGUGGAUGCUAGUUAGAAUCCAUAGUGUGGUCUUCAUGGCCUCCCUGAACAAAAGAACAGGUGACUUUGUUUUCACAGCCCAGAACAUUCCUAGAGAUGGCCCAAGUGCCCCAGAACCUCUUUGACCUUGGAGGGCAAGGAAGAAAACCUUUUAGUCUCUCUGACAUUAGAAAAGCAUUGAAGUUUGGCAAUUCAACACCCAGAAGGUCAGAUACACCAGUCUGGUCCUAUCAACUACUGUAUAAUAUUUCAGUAACCAGGCAUUUCCAAAUAAGCUUUGGUCAGGUAUGUGUUUUACCAAGUUACUGUAAUUGUUGAUGUUAGACCAUAGAAGCUUGAUACCAUUUGUAUUAUCUCUAAGUCUCAUCCUUUCUGUACCUUAAAUAACCAACUCAGACCUUCAUCAUGUCCAUAAGCUUUCUAGUUUUCUUUUCCAUUCUGGAAGCUUCCAUCACCUUAAUCCUCGCAUAGAAAUUCUCAUUUACUCAAUUUAAUCAUCAUGUCAGUUUAGCAUUUAUAAAUCUGAGUGCCAUGAGACAUAAGAGCAUUAACAAAUGGAUUUACUAUCUGUUGUGAGAAUUUUCUGCUCCAGGGAGAGGUACUGAGCAGUGUCUAUCCUCUCUUCUUCAUGAGGUCCCAAUGUCAAGCCAAAGUUCAAUUUCAGAGUUUACUCUGUGGAACCAAUGUGUUUAUUGGGCUUAGUUACAGAGAAUUGUAGGAGUUCCUGAUGACUGUGUGUGUGAGCCCAAUCAGUCACACUGAAGGUCUCUGCUCAGUAUGUAUGAAGACAUUUUACAGUCACAUCAAUGGGCUCCAGUGUUUAGCUUUUGUUGGUUUGUUUGUCUGUUUAUAUAAAAUUGGCCAAGAUGGCCAGUCCAUAUGCCCCUUUUUGAAGGAAUACCACAUUAAACUGUCUGGCAGAGAUCAUGUCAGGCAGGCACAGGUGGAGGUGUGGAGAUGGCAGGUGUUUAGAAGCCCCUGUAUUAGAGCUUGAAAGCCCCAGUUAUUCUUUUGUUUCUGUUUAAAGUAGCUGUAGUGAUUUAAGGAAAAAAACCUCAAAACUAUUCUUUUAAUGUCUGUUUUCAUAUUCACAAUCAUUUCCAUAUAAAACAUAUUGAAAGGCACAGGCAUGAGUUACUCUUAUCUACGGGGAAGGCAAUUGGGCGAUUGUCCAAUAGGAGAGAAACCUAUCCUGGGUGAGGAGUACUCAGCCGUCUCGUACGGCCCCUAAGCUGUAGGGACCCUGUUGUAGAACCAGAAUUGGGACAAGGAUUGGCAAGAUGACAUUCUGACCAGACUUGUGUGAUUAUGUGUGUUGUGUCCUCAAAGCAUUUGUAUUUUAUCUUUUUCAAUGUAAAACCUCAUGUAAAUUGUUCCCAAGAAAGAUUCAGGACCAUUAGCCACCGCUGUUAACUGUCACUUAUUAUUUUCGUUUUAGCUUUAUUAUGAACAAAAUAGAGUUGGGCAAAGUUAGUUUACAUGAACAUUUGCUUACAAGUGAAUUUGGGGCCGAGCAUGAUGGUGCAAACCUGUAAUCCCAGCAGUAGGGAGGCCAAGGCAGGCUGGUCUUUGUGAGUUCAAGAUCAGCCUGUCCUACUAAGCAAGUCCAGGACAGCCAAGGCUACACAGAGAAAUGAUGUCUCAAAAAACCAAAAACCAAAAACCAAAAUAAACAAAUAAAUAAUUAGAAGGAGGAGGAGGUGGAGAAGAAAACGAAGAAGAACUAAAUUUGGUACUGAUUCCAUAAUGUAAAAAAAAAAAAAAAAAGAACGUAAUUGCAUAAUAGUCUGUGUAUUGAUAAUCAUACAUACAGUGUAUUUAAUAAACUG